AUGUCAGCCUAUGGCGAGAUAACUCGCUCUUACAGGGACAAUACCCUUCCGCUUGGGUCUACAUUAUGGCUUGCCCGAAAUUCAACGCCACAGCAAAGUGGAUCCGAUAGCACUUCUGCUCCAACUGGUCAUCGGAGCUCGACCUACGUGUCUAUACACCAUCUCACCCUAGAAUCCGCUUUAGGCUUUGUAGGGUUAGUGGAGCACCUCCACGAAACCUUCGCGCAGGUAGUAGAGGAAGGUUUCACAUAUCCGCAAGAAGGCGACCUUACGAGGGAUGCGUUCGAGUCAUAUUUCUUCGCUGGGGACGUAUUCGUCGCCAUUAUCGGAAACACACCCCAAAUGGUCUUGGGCGGCGGACAAUCGUCGGAUGUGACAGAUGGAGAGGCGCAUGAAGUAGGGCUGGAAGGAGCUCAGAAUGGCCGACAAUGGGUUGAUUGCGUGGCCGGAUUUUACUACGUUAAACCGAAUUAUCCCGGGCGUUCGUCGCAUAUCUGUAACGCCGGCUUCGUCGUACCCCCACAUCAUCGAGGUCGCAACUUUGGUUCCGCCUUAGCGAGAUCAUACGUGCACUACGCGCCGAAGCUUGGAUACAAGGCCAGCGUGUUCAAUCUGGUGUAUGUGAAUAACACAGCGUCUGUUCGGCUCUGGGAACGCCUUGGUUUCACCAAAGCCGGCCUCAUUCCCCGCGCUGGCCGCCUACGCAGGCCUGAUGGCAACGGUGAACAUUACGUGGACGCGCACGUGUUCUACAAGAGUUUCGUCGAGGACUUGGAAUACUAA